UAUCAGCCAGACAUAGGACAUAGCGCCACGCCGCGCGUAGCGUCGCGCACCGAUAAGCGUUCAGUCGCGCGGAUAUGUGUCAACGAGCGUCAGUGUUCUGCCCCACAUCGUCGGACAUUACGGUCAAUCACGGUAACCAUCACGAUGCGAUGCGGCAGCGUGUACUACUGGCAUUGGACGGUCACCUGAUCCCCGUUCGAAGCCAAUGAAUAUUGCCGCGAUUCUUGAUAGGCCCGCGUCCGCUUUUCCCUUCUGUGUAUACCUGCACUUAUGGCGAGGAAAAGAGGCGCCAAACGAGUGAGAGCAAUCGAAACCUCUUCCAAGCAGUUCGUUUCACCUUGCGCAGGCUACGAAAAGCCGCCGCCAGGGUGCGACAGACCGCGCCUCAAGAUGGCGGCGUCCGCGAGAGUGGUCGACCCAGCGUCAUGGUCAAGAAUGCUAAGUAUAUUCCCUGGAAAGUUCUCGUUUGCCUUUUGCUAUGGCUCCGCCGCGUUUCCCCAGAAGGGCGUCACGCAGACGAAGAGCAACAUGCUGGACGUAAUCUUCGCCGUGGACGACCCCCUGUCGUGGCACAGGGAAAACUUGAAGCAGAAUUGGAAGCACUACUCCUUCCUGAGGUACGGCGGGCCGUACCUCGUGAACAAAGUGCAGAUGGACUUCGGCGCCUAUGUUUACUACAACACGUUCGUGCCGUACGAUGAUGGGUUGAUGAAGUACGGAGUUAUCAGCACAGACCGUCUUAUCACGGAUCUCCUGGACUGGGAGACACUCUACUUAAGUGGACGGUUACAUAAACCGGUUCGAAUCCUGCAAGAGCCAACAGCCGAGAUUAAGCGCGCCAUGAGCCUCAACUACAUGACGGCCAUACACACAGCGCUGCUCAUGCUGCCGGACAUCUUCACCGAGGAAGAGCUCUACCUCAAGAUUGCGGGGCUCUCCUACGUAGGUGACUUUCGGAUGAUUGUCGGCGAGGACAAGAACAAGGUGGCCAACAUUGUGGGUGCUCAGUUGAGCGAAUUCCGCAAGCUAUACAACCCAUACUUGAAGCUCAUCAAGAUGGUCUCCUGGAAUGAAGCCACACAGACGUUCGAGCAAGAGCCAGGACCAGAUGCCAAGCUGCACCACCUGAACCUGCUGCCCAAAUCCCUGCAGUCCCACCUGCUCAAAGUCUGGAACAAGGACGGCAGGCACCGUGAUCUGGAGGAUGUUCUCCAGGCCAUCGGACAUGACCCGCACUGCAGCGUGUUCAUUGAGGAGGCCGUGGCAAGCAUAGUGUGGCGGUCAAGUUGGGGCCAAACUGCCAAAGGCAUUAUCACAGCUGGUUACCAAGCGGACUCGUCUUGCGGUUGAUGGAAGCUUGGUAUGCCAGAAGGGGCACAAGAUGAAAGAGAGAUGAUGACGUUGCUCUUAAAUUUCCUGAUCAGUCAUGCAUCAAGUCGUGGUUUUGACAUUGUUUACUUGGAGAUGUUUAAUAGUUUGUUAACCCUUUCAUUGUGCAUGGCAAGGUACAAGCAUUUUCAUGCUGGAAAUAUCCCCUUCAGUAGCAAGGUGUACACAUUUGUGUAUGUCAUUUGUUUUUAUCAAUUGUGUACAGUAUUGGCAUGAACAAAAACCUACAGUCAUUAUUGUACGGGUCAGCUAAACUGUCUGCUUACCCAAGAUGACUUCAGUUCACUUCAGACGGCAGAGUACUGCUACACAUGACUGCUGUACUAAAGGCGCUACGUACCAUCUUUGAUGGGAUGCUUGACACUUUGUGCUUUAUCUACAAUAGUGAAGGAAUAGCUUAUGCUUCUGUGUAAUGCCUGCAGCCAAUAAUAAACUUGUGCAUGUGGUUCUGAGGCAGUGAUUGAAAUGUGUUUUAUUAGAAAGCAACAUGACUGAAUGUGCAUUAAAUUGAAGUUCUCUCUCAAAAUCAAUUACUUGGAAAAUAUACAAGGACUUACUUGUAAAUACUCAAAUGGUUGCCCUACACUCUUGGCUUUCUUUCAAUGGAAUCUUCCGACACCUAUAAAUAAAAUUGGACAAUUUUACCACAUUUUUGACAGUGCAGUGAAAUGACAUUCAUGAAUGUUGUUUGUGACAUUCAUGACUGAAGGGGAUAUGGAAGGUGAGCUCAGUUCGACCAGCGAAGCUUCGACUGCCGAUUCUGUUAUGAAAGUGGUUUGGGUUCAUACGUUCCUUUAUGCUUUUCCGUAAAAUCACCAGAUGGCAUAAGGAGCUUGUGAAAGGUAAAGUCACUGGAACCUGAAAAGUAGCACAACUGUCAAGAGUGCGUGUAAGCAACACUGUGCUACUGUUGCCAGAUUUGUUGCUCAGCUUUGUAGCUAUGCUUAUUGCAUUUUUGUAUUAUCGCGAAUUGUUCCGUUUCUGUGCCCUUUAAUUAAAAUGAGGUUCUGCAUCUAUG